AAAAUGGAGAACCAGACUUUCAGCGCGGAUAUUUUGCUUCUUGAGGGGUUAAAGGUCAUGCCCCAGUCCUCAGUCCCUGCUUUUUUACUCCUUCUCUUCACAUACAUCUUCAUUAUAGUGUCUAACAUUGGCCUGAUACUCCUGAUCUCAGUGGAGGGUAGCCUCCACCAACCCAUGUAUCUGCUUUUUUGUAACAUGAGUAUAAAUGAUGUCUUUGGGGCCACAACCAUUAUACCUCGCUUGCUCAGUGACAUUUUCAUUGAAAGAACAGAACGGUAUAUUAGCUACAUAGCGUGUGCUAUUCAAGCAUUUUGUUCUCAUUUUCAUGCGGGAACUUCUCAUACAGUACUCAUCAUCAUGGCUUUCGAUCGGUACGUGGCCAUCUGUAAUCCCUUGCAAUAUGCUACUAUCAUGACCAACAAGAUGGUGUUAAAACUGACCAUCUCUGCCUGGACAGCUGCCUUCACCUUAGUGGCAAUCCUCAUAGGCCUGUCUGUCCGCCUUUCACGCUGCAGACGAAUUGUGGUCAACCCCUUCUGUGACAAUGCAUCCUUGUUCAAACUCUCCUGUCAGAACCUGCUGGUCAACCACAUUUACGGCAUAGGCAGUGCUAUAGUUAUCCUCAGCUCCUCGAUUGGGAGUAUAGUCCUCACCUACCUAAGGAUCGCCAUGGUGUGCCUGAGUAGUAAGAACAAAGCAUUAAAUGGUCGAGCGCUGCAAACUUGUGCCACCCACCUGCUUGUGUAUAUGAUUAUGCUGGUUUCAAGUUUCACCCCUAUUAUCAUGCACCGGGUGUCUGGCUGGGCGGAUAAAGGGAAAGUGGCGUCUCUUCUGUUCCAUGUGGUCCCCCCUGCCCUGAAUGCUGUCAUCUAUGGGCUGCAAAUCAAGGAAGUCAGGCUGAAAAUCUUCAGAGUAUUUUUUCAUAAUAAAGUGUCUUUGAUGGGUGUGAAAUGA